AUGAACCAGAGUUUGGGCAGUUACCUCAAUGUCUGCUAUGUCAGGCUAUAUUUCGACAUUGGCGCUAUCGCGAUAACCCCAAGUCACGGUUACGACAGCAUCACACCAGGAAACAAUCACGGCGGUGCUAGUAUGCUUACUCCUUCAUCCGAAAACGGAGGUGAUUCGUAUCCUAGGUAG